GUUUCAACCAAUCAGCGCGGCUCAUGUGGCAGUCGGUCGGAGCCAGACUCUGCAGCUGAUUCAGCGAGGCCGAGGCAUACUUAUUUCAUUGGCCAGGGCUGUUAACACUGAGAGAAGCUGACCGACAGAGGACAACACCGUGCCCGUUUUAGCUCUGCUCCUGACAUGGCCUGUUAGUAGCGAUUGGCUCCGGGAUGGCGCGGCUGCGGCCGGGCUAAAUAAAUGAUGGCUGAGACUUGGGCUUCGGAGAUUAUGACGCAGGCCCUCGGGUGUUUACAGGCUUUCAGCUCAGAGUUCACACUGGAAUGGGAGAACAGUGAUAUGAAAGCUGCGAUCUUUAAGUUGCUGUUGGGCUGGAUCGUGCUGAGUGUCACUGCUAUCCAGCUGGCUUGGAAAAGCUACGGAGCCACUGUCAAUAGUAUCUACUACCGGCAGGGUGAGAAUGUGGCCCCUCGGUUAUACCGACCCCCUGAAACCAGCAGCUCCCUCCGUUCUGUAAUGUAUGGGGGGGCAAAACGGAGGAACCCCAGAGUACCCUGCUCGUUUCCCAUUAUGGGAGAGUUCAAGCACUGAAUCCUUAAAAAGGCACCAAGAAUGAGCACCAUUCUUUUCAGGACUCUGCUGUCCCCUAGUGGAGACUUCUGAUAACCUGCUCCAUAAAAUGCCAGGGCUGUGUGACUGAACGAGUUGAUCUGUAUUAGCACUGGGUGGGGCAGUUCUACCCCCAGAAUACACACAGCGGGCUGGAUCAGUUCACAAACUGAGCAUGUGCGGGACAGUGACUACCUCCGCUGGAUGACUUCAUAAGGGUUCUGAUCACUAAAUAAUGAAUAAUGAGGCUGGAUGAAUUGCCUCAUUCUCAUUUGACAUCAGGGCUUAAUUCAUACUCUGUCCACAAGUAUCAAGAUGAAUUGUGUCGUUACAUUGCUUAUGUUUUUGACUUAUUUAAAUUUAAGUUUUUAUUUAGCAAAUAUCAAUGAUUGCCAGUUCUCCCUGCAAACCCCAUCGCCGUCCUUAAUCUUUCAAUCUAAUCACUUUAGCAGUUCAACAGAAUACAUUGUAAUAUUGCACUCUGUCUCCCCCGCCCACAACUUGCUGUUACAGAAUAUACUGUGGCCUUAUUGGUGGGGAUCUCCUGGUAUAGGUAACUGAAACCACUAAUCACAAAUCAUGUUUGACCCCAUAGAGAGAAUGAACGGAUAAUUGCCUUGCUCAAGUGCAGGAGUAGAAUUCUGCACCUAAUCUAUAUGCCCAAGCUUUAGAACGAGGAUGCAAUACUCAGCACUGCUAUACAAGUGUUAUAUGAGUAGAUUAAUCACAAACAAGCUGCAUUUGUUUUACUAUAAAUGUAACAAGUAGCGGUAGAUGGAAGGAAAUUUAAGUAGGGGUAACACCAUUUAAUAUAUUAAUACAGUGCAGGAUUAAGAUCUUUGCCAGAUUGUAGUCACAUCUUGUGCCACUUACUUGCAAUGCCAAGUUGUAGUUUGUUACCUGCAAAUAGCUGUGGCUGGACAUAGAACAGCAGGCAUCUG